AUGACUGAGCGCCGCGUGCCCUUCUCGCUCCUGCGGAGCUCCAGCUGGGACCCUUUCCGCGAUUGGUACCCGGCCCACAACCGCCUCUUCGACCAGACCUUCGGGAUGCCCCGGCUGCCCGAGGAGUGGUCGCAGUGGUUCGGCCAAAGCAGCUGGCCGGGCUAUGUGCGGCCGCUGCCCGCGGCCCCGAUCGAGGGCGCUGCUCCGGUGGCCUUGGCUGCACCAGCCUUCAGCCGCGCGCUCAGCCGGCCACUCAGCAGUGGCAUCUCGGAGAUCCGGCACACCGCUGACCGCUGGCGGGUGGCCCUGGACGUCAACCACUUCGCCCCCGAAGAACUGACCAUCAAGACCAAGGACGGCGUGGUGGAGAUCACCGGCAAGCACGAAGAGAGACAAGACGAGCAUGGCUACGUCUCCCGGUGCUUCACCCGGAAAUACACGCUGCCCCCCGGUGUGGAUCCCACCCUGGUCUCCUCCUCCCUGUCCCCUGAGGGCACGCUCACUGUGGAGGCUCCACUGCCCAAGCCCGCCACCCAGUCGGCGGAGAUCACCAUCCCGGUCACCUUCGAGUCCCGCGCCCAGCUCGGGUGUCCAGAAGCUGGAAAGUCCGAGUAGCCAGGAGCCAAGUAG